UCAGCAGUUUUCGACCAAAUCGCUUAGUGAGUAGAUGUGCUUUUCGAUAAAACAAUAUUCACGCGUGCUAGUACACUUGCCAACAAUAUUCAGAAUUUUAAAACAUUUUUGACGCGAUAAUGUCGACCGAAAAAAGCUUCAAUGGAAUCGAAAAGAACGUAGCUGAAGAUGGCUUCCGGGUCCAACCAAAAGGCUUCGCCACAAAAGCGAUUCAUGUUGGUCAAGAUCCGGAUCAAUGGAAAAGCAUGGCGGUCGUUCCCCCAAUUAGUAUGAGUACUACAUUCAAGCAGUUCGGACCCGCUCAGCAUAGCGGUUUCGAAUAUGGUCGCAGCGGCAAUCCAACCCGGAAUGUAUUGGAAACAUGUCUCGCGUCUUUAGACAAUGGCAAAUAUGCGCUGACAUUCUCCUCGGGACUUGGCACUACUACCGCCAUUAUUACAAUGCUUAAAGCCGGUGAUCAUAUUGUAGCCGGCGAUGAUCUAUAUGGUGGCACCAACCGUCUGUUACGGAAUGUCGCCUUAAAUAUGAACAUUUCGAUUGAUUUUGUUGAUGCCACUGAUCUAGCUAAGGUGGAAACAGCACUGAAACCAAAUACAAAGCUGGUUUGGAUUGAAACCCCAACGAAUCCGCUAUUGAAGGUUGUCGAUAUUGAGGCGGUAUGUGCAGUAGUGCAUAAAGUUCCAGAGAUUGUAGUGGUAGUAGACAACACGUUCCUGUCCUCUUAUCUUCAGCGCCCAUUGGAUCUGGGUGCAGACAUCGUCAUGUACUCUUUAACCAAAUACAUGAAUGGACAUUCCGACGUUAUUAUGGGUGCUGCUGUGAUGAACGACGAAGCCUUAUAUGAAAGGCUCAAGUUUCUUCAAAACGCAACUGGUAUCGUGCCAUCCCCCUUUGAUUGUUACCUGGUGAAUCGUAGUUUAAAGACACUCUCUCUGCGCAUGGAGCGACACAAAUCUAAUUCGUUAGCAGUAGCCAAGUUCCUAGAAAAGCACCCGAAAGUGGAACGCGUGCUGCAUCCCGGCUUACCCUCUCAUCCUCAGCAUGAGCUAGCCAAACGCCAAACGUUCGGACACAGUGGCAUUAUGUCGUUCUACAUCAAGGGUGGUCUGGAAGAAUCUACACUGGUCCUAAAGUCACUGGAAAUUUUCACGCUGGCCGAGAGUUUGGGAGGCUAUGAGAGUCUUGCAGAACUUCCAUCUAUUAUGACACAUGCAUCUGUUCCGGCGGAACAACGUGCCGCUCUGGGGAUUACAGAUGGACUCAUUAGAGUAUCGGUUGGGCUUGAGGAUGUGGAUGAUUUAAUUGGGGAUUUGAAACAGUCCUUAGAUAAACUGUAGGCUAUGUACUUUCGGUUAAACAGUACAAUUUCAGUUUGCAAUUGAA